AUGUUCUGCGGCAAAUUCAUUGAGGGCCGCCACAUCAAUACGCAAUCGGCCGGGAUAGACGCAUCGAUACCCGUGGAAGAAGAGAAUGCACCUCCUAGUCCCCGCGGGCUCUCGAACUAUCUGAACGACUCAGCUACCUUUCGUUCUGAGGACUGGUUGUUGGAUCCCGACAGGAUCCAGUUUGAAUCGGAUGUUGGCCACUCUAGAGAUAUCGGAACUAAGUUAAUUGACGAUCCUCGUUUCGCCAAUGAUUUUAAGCUCUGGAAACACCUCCUCCUUUAUCGCAAACGACACCACGGUGACGAUGGGGUGAUAGCUAUCUGGAAAGGGCUAAGGGAAAGAGGACAGCCAAUUGAUUUACCUGUGGAUGGCGAAUAUGCCUCGCUCCUAUGGAGAAACUUCAUCAUAGUUGGCUGGAAACGCGAUGAUUUUUUGACUGAAAUACAUUCCUACGCCUCUGAACUUUAUGAGCGAUCUGGAAAGAGUUGGGAUAGGGAGAAAUUUUACAAAUCGAUUGUGGUUGGGCUAUUCAAAGCGGGGCAAUUUUCUAGGGGGGUUGAGUGGCACGAAAAAUUAAAAAAUACGUACUUGUCGAAUCCGAAUGCUAUGUUAUUAAUGCUCUUUGAGCCCGCUGUCUCUUCCGAUGGUGGGCUAAGAGCAUUAAGGAAGAUCUGCAAGACGCUCGAUAAUCACCAAAUUUACUGCCAUACCGUGCCAUUUUUAGUGAAAGCUGGGAGGCUAGCCGAUGCUUUCGCUAUGCAUGAAUUCCUCUUGCAACGGAACGACCUACCCCAAUCAAUCCAAGAUAUCUCACCUUUGAUAAAAUAUCUACGACACUUUGGCUCGGGUGCCGAAGUAGAUUUGUUCCUGGCAAAUUUGAAAUUAAAUGGCUUAUUCCAAAAAGAAAAGUCAGUAAUGUCACUCGCCUCCAGGAGUAGUGGUCGAACGAAGAUAUAUGCCCCCACCACAGCUAAGGAGGUAGAAAAGGAAGCGAAUGCAGUCAACGAUAAACUCGGCGCUCGUCUGUUUGCAACGAAGACAUUUACGUUUGAGCUCAUCCUUGCCGGUGUCAAGGCGUUCGGCGCUACCGCUCUCAAGCCACAAACCCUGAGGCAGAUGGCUCUAAAGGCAGGAGAUGCAAAAACGCUAUCCGAACAAAUCGAUAUUUUGAAGAAAGAAGGCAUUUCAGUUGGAAACUCGGCAUUUUCAAGGGUUGUCCAGAAACUAGCCUCGGAAGGGGAUGACUCUAUACUAAAUGAACUUUUGGAGAGCGAUCUGCAUCCGGAAGUUCUGGAGAACCUGGAAACUGCAGAAGGUCUCUUUAAUUCCUAUUCCGCCGUUGACGACCCACAGCGGGCUCGUAUGCUGUUCAAAAUUUUGUCCAUGUUAUCCACCGAAGAUCCAUAUCAUUACAACAUCCUCCUUCGAAAUGCAGUGCAUUUAAAGGAUUGGCAGAAAAUCCCUCGUAUCCUAAACCAAAUGAGGGACCACGACAUACACCCUACCAAACAUACUUUAGAUGUGAUGGUCAAGAAGAUACUGUUCCCUCGCAGGCGAGGAAUGCAGGAACCCCCCCAUCCGGAGAAUUUUCGUGCAACCAUGUUCUUGAUUGGCAUAUUACAAAAUAUGGUCGGCGCAGGGAUAGAUGUUCCAGCUCGAUAUUGGACAGAAGUGCUGAAGCGACUUGGUAUGAGCGCGGAUUGGCAAGAAUUCAGGAAACUGUGCCUUUGGCUGGCACAUUUUUACUUCCCAGUCAAUCCCAAGCGAACAGUGUCAACGUUCAAAACGGAUGCUACUUCCCCUGAUCGCCCUAUCUCCGAUUUAGACCAUAAGAAGUUCUUACCAGCCGCACAUCCCGAAUCUCCCUUGCGCCAACUCUUUUCUGUGCAUUUACAAUAUGCCAUAAUAGCCUGGGGUUUUAGCCUUCCACCCAGCUCCAAUCAAAUAUAUCACAAUCCUUUCAGCGACGAGCGCGAGAAAAUCGUACCCUGGAUACGAGGGCACGUCCUCAUACGAGAACUGAAGCAAAAGGGAGUAGUCGUGCAAAUGAACACAGUUCGUAAGGUAACCCGACAUCGGCUCGCUGUAUUAUUUGGUGAGCACCGAGUUUCUAGACGCCCGAAAAACCGCAUGUUGCGGUCUACAAAUCCAUGGGCCCUCGACGAGAUAUUGCACGAUAUAAAUAAUGUUUGGGGGUUCCCAUUGUUUGGGAAUCUGGCGGAAGAGGAUAUUUAUGACCUCGUCAACCCUAAGACUCGCUACUGGAGUGCGACGGGAUAUGCGAGUGAGGAAGGCAUGUGGCCAAGGAGACGAGAUCAUCUGCAAGUAUCGAGGAAACGAACCUAUACGGAAGAAAAGCAGAAAGUGGAGAAGCGACUUCGUAAUAACGAUAAUAAUAAUGACUGA